GGUGCAUCGCGGAACGCGAAGAGGUAAAGAAGGAGGAGAAAAAUAAAAACGCCCUUCGUAUCGCGGUUUCGUGGCCGGUAAAACUGGAAAAUCGCUUCGAUAUCUUCUAAAGUAAAUCUCUGUGCCAUCGCCUAGCCAAAUGAUGGAGUUCUCUCGUCUGAUGCUGCUUUGUGUGGUCGGAUUCGCGCUGCUGCAACUUGCCAGCGCCGAAGGAAAGCUAAAGAUCGGCGUCAAGAAGCGGGUCGAUAAUUGUUCGGUUCGCACCAAGAAGGGAGAUUUGGUGCACAUGCACUACACGGGCACGCUAGAGGAUGGCACCGAGUUCGACAGUAGCAUUCCGCGCGGGGAUCCGCUCACCUUCACGCUCGGUAUGGGCCAGGUGAUCAAGGGCUGGGACCAGGGACUGCUGAACAUGUGCGAGGGCGAAAAGCGGAAGCUUAUCAUCCCACCGGAGCUGGGCUAUGGAGAGCGUGGAGCCGGCGAGAAGAUUCCUCCCAACUCGGUGCUUAUCUUCGAGGUGGAGCUCGUAAAGAUCGAACGCAAAACCGAGCUGUGAAGCACUGCCAAUGCCGGUGCUGCCGGGACUGGAUAAAGUCCCCCUCUCCCUCUCUAGCUCAUUUCCCCGUUUUGCUUAUUGUUGUACGACAGAAGGAAAGCAAUAAAAACCAAAAGUGACCAUUUCCAACCAUCA